GUGAAAAAAGCCAUAGCCAUUUGUUUUUGCAAAGUAAGAAACAGAGAGAAACUCGAAACCCAGAGAUUUCAAAAGCGACUACUCAAAAUUUCAUCACUCUGAAGAAGAAAAUGGCGUUCUAUGGUGAUGAAGAUGACCUAUGGAAAUGUCCAAAACACCCCUCCAAACGGCGGAGGAUCGGAAUCUGUCCUCUCUGCCUCCGUGACCGUCUCGUCACCCUCUGUCCUGAUUGCGCCAACGUCCGCCCCUGUAACUGUUGCGCCACCACCACUACUACUACCACUUCUUCUUCUUCUUCGUCUUCUUCUUCUUUCUCUCGUUUCUCCUCCGCCGACCUCGGAUCCGUCGGUCGUCUCUCUAAUCUCAUCGACGGCGAGCCGGCUUUCCGUCGCUCUCGCUCUCUUGCUGCGAUUCCGUUUCUGCGAUCGAGAUCGCGAUUUGUUGAUGAUGCUGUUGAUGAUUGUUCCUCGUCUGGUAAUAGUGCUAGAGCGUCGUCGUUUUGGUCGAUUUUCAGGUCGAAGAGUAAGAAGAGUCACGAUGGCGGAAGAACCGAAGCGGUGGUGGAAAUUGAUUUCAGACGGAGAGCGAAGGAAGUAGCGGAAAUUGAAGAGGCGAUGAGACGGAAGUUGAUGAUCCGGUCGAGAUCGGUUGCGGUUGCGGAUUCCGGUGGGAGAUUGGUCCGACCGCCGGUGAAGGCUAAGGCAUGGUACUUUCCCAGUCCGAUCAAAGUAUUCCGGCAAUCUAAGAUUUCCAAAUCUGUUCUCACGGAACGGUCUCCGUUACACAGAGGUUGAAUUUGAAUCUCUUUUUUUUUCCUCUCAUUUUUCGAAUUUCGAAUUGAAAAUCCAAAUCCGAAAAAAGAUAUAUAUUAAAAAAAAACUUAGAAGCUGAAGCUGAAAUUGAAGAAUAUUUGCACAUUA